CUCAUCUCAUUAUCUGUAGCCGCUUUAUCCUGUUCUACAGGGUCGCAGGGCCAGACGAUCAACCAGCAUGUCUACAAAGAGAUCCUGUGGCAUUUGCUUUGUUCAGUGCACGAGAAGAGGCGAGAGUUGUGGCAGGACAACUCGCCGGCUCAUAACGUCCUGAGCAUCCAGCAGUUCCUUGCUGAGAAGAACAUCACCCGACGGUGGGAUCCGCGCGGCUGGUUGAUGGCACUGCGCGCCGGCGCGACCUGCAUCGGCCACGUCUUGCGCAGAGUGCCGCGCUUGCACGGCGCGCGUUCGCGGCGUUCCAGCAGCCUGCUGUGCCUCUCCCUGAGCCACGACCGGGACCCGGGGACGCUCGACUGCAAGCGCCCGUGCCCAAGCUUUCCCGACUGCCACUGUCGCCACUGCCCGUGCCGCUGCCGCCGCGCACUCCCGGCGGAUCCGCGGGGACAUGAGCCCCACGCGGGCUGGCUCCGGGGCGCCAUGAAGCGGCAGAACGUGCGGACCCUGUCCCUGAUCGUCUGCACGUUCACCUACCUGCUGGUCGGCGCCGCCGUGUUCGACGCGCUCGAGUCGGACUUCGAGAUGCGCGAAAAGGAGCAGCUGCAGGCCGAGGAGAAGCGGCUGCAGGGCAAGUACAACAUCAGCGAGGACGACUACCGGAAACUCGAGACCAUCAUCAUGGAAGCCGAGCCGCACCGGGCCGGAGUGCAGUGGAAAUUCGCCGGAUCUUUUUACUUCGCCAUCACCGUCAUCACCACCAUCGGUUAUGGCCAUGCAGCUCCAGGUACCGAUGCAGGAAAGGCGUUCUGCAUGUUCUACGCGGUUCUGGGAAUCCCCCUGACGCUAGUGAUGUUCCAGAGCCUGGGUGAGCGCAUGAACACGUUCGUCAAGUACCUGCUGAAGCGCAUCAAGAAGUGCUGUGGGAUGCGUAUCACAGAUGUGUCCAUGGAGAACAUGGUGACGGUUGGGUUCUUCUCAUGCAUGGGAACGCUGUGCAUCGGCGCCGCUGCCUUCUCGCACUACGAGGACUGGAGCUUCUUCCAGUCGUACUACUACUGCUUCAUCACACUCACCACCAUCGGAUUUGGUGAUUUCGUGGCGCUGCAAAAGAACCGGGCUCUACAGAGAAAGCCUCUGUAUGUAGCCUUCAGCUUUAUGUACAUCCUGGUGGGGCUGACCGUCAUCGGAGCCUUCCUCAACCUGGUGGUGCUGCGCUUCCUCACCAUGAACAGCGAGGACGAGCGGCGAGACGCCGAAGAACGCGCCUCGUUGGCUGGAAACAGGAGCAGCGUCAUCGUCCACGUCCAGGAAGACGCGAUGCCUGGGCGGAUGCACCGAAGGAAACGGGAUCGGGAUCAGUACAGAUCAGAAGUCGCCGAUCUGCAGUCAGUCUGCUCCUGCAUGCAUUAUCACUCGCACGAUUUCGGCAGCUCGGCCAUGCUGGCGGGAGAAGGAGCAGGAAGAGGGGGGUUGGGGUUGGGAGGAAGGCCGUUCGCUCACCAGAACUCCUUCACAUGUCAGCCGAGAUACUUCCACUCGCCGGUGACGUACCACAUCGAGGAAAUUUCACCGAGCGCACUGAAGAACAGUUUCCUGCCCUCCCCUAUCAGCUCCGUUUCCCCCGGCUUGCACAGCUUCACGGACAAUUCGCGCCUGAUGAGGCGACGCAAGUCCGUUUGAACAGGAAACCUCCCCAGGGCAACGGGCCACG